GGCCAGAGCCAGAGCCAGACCAUGAGCACCCUGCGCAACCUGGUGCACAAGGGGGUGAAGGUGGACCGGGGCGUCCCCCCAGAGCUGUGGGAUGAGCCCUCGGUGGAGGUCACUCAGCUGAAGCAGCAGGUCAGGCCUAGUGGGGGGCUGUGGGUUGGCAGUGGGGGCCCUGGCAGGGCUGGUGGGGCAGGGGCUGUGGGCCAGGAGUGGAGGCCCAGGGAGGGGGGCUCUUACAGCUUCUGUGAGCCCCCCCUGCAGUGCGAGGUGAUGCUGGAGUGCUAUGAGGAGCCGCUGGAGGACUGGUACUUCCAACACCAGAAGCGGCUGCUGAGGAAGUUCCUCUGCGAGGGCCAUGUGCCGGGGGCCAGGGACGUGGCCUGCUUGGACGAGGUCUGGACCAGGAGCAAAGGGGACCACGGGAACCAGGAGGAGGAGGAAGACACAGAUGCCGCCCGCAGCAUGACCCCAGCGAGCUCUGAGAAAACGCAGGUCAGCCCCGCGAAAACCCCUGGGAAGCUUUUUAUCCCUCGCCGCCGCCCGUUCAUUGGCUGCUUCCAAAAUGGCAGCCCCCACUACGUGAAGGCCGCCAUUUCCAAGAUGGCAGCACCCAGUGCGGGGUAUAGAGGAGGCGCGCCUAUAGGUCACUUCCGAGGAGGAUGAGUGCCCCCCCCCCCGGACCGUACCUCUGGUGUGCGGGCUCCGCUGCUGGGCGAGACCAUCGUGGCGUCGCAUACAGACACCUACGACCCUGUCACCUUGGACCUCCAGCGGCCUUGUCCCUUGAGCCCCUUCUACUCAAGCCUACUGGACGACAGCC